GGCUCACUAUCCUGGAACAAAAACAGUGCCAAAUGCCUUAUUAACUAAGAAGAAACUGUGGUCUUCAGAAGAUUACAGUACUUUCAAUGAUGAAGUAGGUGCAGGCUGCUGGGCUCGGAUCCUGAACCAAAACUACGUGAAUGGAAACAUGACCUCAACCAUUGCAUGGAACUUGGUGGCUAGUUAUUAUGAAGAGCUGCCCUUUGGUCGAUGUGGGUUAAUGACAGCGCAAGAGCCAUGGAGUGGCCACUACAAAGUAGAAGCUCCUAUCUGGAUUACAGCACACACAACACAAUUUACUCGGCCAGGCUGGUCAUAUUUGCAAGUGGAUGGACACUUAGAAGGAGGUGGCAGUUUUGUAGCUCUGACAGAUGGCCUAGGAAACCUUACCAUCAUCAUUGAAACUAUGACUCAUAAUCACUCUCAAUGUAUCAGGCCUCGACUGCCUUAUUUCAGUGUGACACCUCAGAGAGCAACUUUCUACCUCAAAGGGUCGUUUUAUAUGGUGAAAACCCUUCAAGUAUGGCAUUCUAGACUUGAUUUUGAAUCUGGAAACUCUAGUCUUUUCCAGCAACUCCAUCCUUUAGAGGUGUGGAAGGGAAGUUUUUCUUUAGAUCUAAAUGUUGAUGAAGUCUACACUUUAACUACACUCAAGACAGGGCAGAAAUGUGGUUGUCCAGAGCCUCCACCACCGCAGCCUUUUCCUUCAAAUUACAAAGAUGAUUUCAAUAUUCGUAAUCCACCUUUCAGUGAAGCUCCAAAUUUUGCAGAUCAGACGGGUGUAUUUGAAUACUUUGUAAAUGCUUCUGACCCGGGAGAUCAUGUGUUCACACUCCGCCAGGUGGUGGUUCAGCGACCCAUCACUUGGGCUUCUGAUGCAGACCAAACCAUCAGUCUCAUAGGAAAUUUUCAGUGGGUAAACAUGAUAGUCACCUGUGACAUCUACAUAGAAAAACGACGUGAUGGGGGCGUGUUUAUUGCAGGAAGAGUUGACAAUGGUGGGAUAUAUGUUCGACGUACCAAAGGAGUUUUCUUCUGGGUUUUUGCAGAUGGCACCUACAGAGUCACUGGUGACCUAGCCGGAGAAGAAAUAUUAAUGAAAGGAAACUCUGGUGUCCGGGAUAACGCGUGGCACACACUUACUCUCAACAUUCAGGGCACUUCUGCCUCAGGACUGUUAAAUGGUUAUCCACUCUGGGAGAAUGUCACCAUUUCCAAACCAAGUAACGGCUGGGCUGCUAUUGGAACUCGCUCGUUUGAGUUUGCACAGUUUGACAACUUUCACAUUGAAGCAAGCUGA